CAAGCAACCUGAAGGUUAUGUGAUAUAUAAUGCCAACAUUUAUACAGUUGAUGAAAAAAAUCCAAAAAUUGAAGCUUUCACGGUUUUGGAUGGAAAAUUUGUUGAUGUUGGUACAAGAUUGGACUUACUACAAAAAUGGACUAAUCUUAAACAUAUAGAUUUGCAAGGUCGAACCGUAAUCCCAGGACUAAUUGAUGCACAUGCGCACUUAAUGUAUCUUGGUGAUGCAUUAACGUCUGUUAAUCUUGUCGGUGCAAAAUCUAUCGAAGAAGUAAAUCAACGAAUUUAUGAAUACAUUAAAGCGCAUCCUGAUAAGAAUGAAUGGAUCAUAGGAUAUGGAUGGGAUCAAACACUCUGGCCAUCGAAAUCUUUUCCGACUUUUAACGAUUUAGACAAUGACCCAAUAUUAUCCCAAUAUAAAAUAUUAUUAACACGCAUUGAUGGACAUGCUUUGUGGGUUAAUGGAAAAGUCUUAGACAUACUUGAAAAAAAUAGCAUUCCGCUUGAAAUUGAUGGUGGGGAGAUUGUAAGAGAUAAGGAAACCGGUCAAUUGACUGGAGUUUUUGUUGAUAAUGCUAUGAAACUGAUUUACCAGUUAUUGCCACAACCAACCGACCAGCAAUUAUUAACAAAUCUCAAAGCGGCAAUUUAUGAAAUGCAUUCUCAUGGUCUUACAGGGAUUCACGAUGCGGCUGUUUUGCCUAAAUUACUUAAAUUUUACAAAAAUACUAUUCUAUCAAAUCCACAAGAUUUCAAUAUAAGAAAUUAUGCUAUGGUUGAAUGUGAAAACAAUACUUAUUGUGGUGAUCAGAUUGAGAAAAUAGAAGGGUUAGGUGAUGGAAGAUUAACUGUUAGAAGCGUUAAAAUGUUUAUGGAUGGUGCAUUGGGAAGUUGGGGUGCUGCGUUAUUGGAACCUUAUUCUGAUGAUCCAACAAAGCAGGGGUUAUUAAUCUCUGAUCCAACUUUAUUACCACCUGUGAUUAGUCAAUGGAUGGAUAAUGGUUUCCAAGUAAACGUUCAUUGUAUAGGAGACAAAGCCAAUCAAAUAAUCAUAAAUACGCAUGAAAAAUGCUUUAAAGAUUAUAUACUUUCAAAACAAAAUGGUAAAAAUAUUACUGAAGAAGAGUUGAUUAAGGAAGUUAAAAAGUUAGGUGAAAGUGUUAGAUUUAGAAUCGAGCAUGCGCAAAUAUUGACACUGGACGAUAUCAAACGUGUUGGUGAAUUACGGAUUAUACCAUCGAUGCAACCUACACAUGCAACUUCUGAUAUGAAAUAUGCUGAACAAAGAUUGGGUAGCGAGCGUAUUAAAGGUGCAUACGCAUGGCGGUCAUUCAUUGAUGCUGG